AUGCCCAUCUUCCAGGACGACAUAUGCCAUGUAUCGCCGGCCUCCGGCCCCGUCGGUAUCGAGCCGGCGGCCGCGAGGAAUCGUCGCCUUUCCGAGGAGAGCCUUCGAACCGAGCUGUGCGAGGGACCCGUUCUCGAUGGCCCCAUGCAUCUUUCGACGCCAAAGGCAGACGAGGAGGCCGGCAUCUCGGAUAGAGCCGAGCUGAUACAGAGGUUGAAACGAGGAGAGAGCCCGACUUGGAUUCCUGGCAAACAUCUCGAGUCGAUGCUUCAGCAAGAGAACACCCAUCACGCGCAAGAACAUGGUCGAUCCUCGCCCGAACCGCCCAACCUCUUACCGCCAGCGACAAUCACACCCGAGAAGAUCAAGUCACCUUCGAACGUCGAUGCGAGACAGCGAGAUGGACUUGACAUCGAGCGGCCGAGGUCAGCCUUCCACAGCGGCGACUUUACGAGGGACGGAACAGCGUCUGAGAACAGGCAACUCAACGGCCCCAGAAGAGAUACCGGCGGAGAGCGAGGGACGCCUGAGCAUGCUUGGUUUGCGACGUCGCCUCCAAGGCAUUUUACGCCAUUUUCGUACGGCGCAAGGGCACAUGGCGGGAGGACACGACUGGUGGACAAGGACGGCGUGGAUGGCUUCAAGUCGGAUGGCUCGCCACUGUCGACAUCGCUGUCUAGUUUCGUCUACCAGCCUCCGACCAGCCCCCUCGUCCAGUCUGAGUCGAACGAAGAUGUUGAUUUUUCAACGCCGCCUGGGUUCCCCUCGGCCAGACACAGCAAGCCUGUACGGCUUGCCUCGAGUCUCUCUGCUUCGUCCCUCGUCCCCUCCUCCUCAAGAUCACGGCUACACAGCCUACACUCGUCACGACGAGAGGGUGCCCUGCCAUACCAAGCACACCAGCCUCGGCGCUCGUUGACUUCGGCGCCCAGUUUUGGGCACAACCACCACACCGUCUCGUCUCCUCAGACACCGGCCUUUAUGCGAUCUCGACGCCAGUCCUUUGGCCCAGACACGUCGCCGAUCCAGCACGCUUCCAUGGUUGGUUCGUACGAGGAAAGUAUUCUGCGUGGACGUAUGUCGACAACGCCAUCAAAGCCUUUUGAGUUCCUUGCCCAGAUUGGCGUGCUGGGCAAGGGCAACUGCAAACCCAGCCUCCGAUGCCCGCGACAUGUGACACUCCCCUUCCCGGCUGUCUACUACAGCUACGGGAGCGCUUCUCAUGGGCAGUCGCCGUAUGACGAUGGCCCCAGUCCGUAUGUUGGCCAGAUUGACCUGGAGAACGGGCUGUCCAACUCGGAAGAGGAGUCGAGGUCGCGAAGGAAGGCUCAGAGCCGGUACAGUGACAAGAAGCAACAGGCCGGUGGCGAGGCAGCCGGGCAAGAUGCAGACACGGAUGUGGAUCGAGAAGGACGCAGGCCUAGCAACAGGCUCAAGCGUUCAUCGGGUGCGCCGAGGGCCCCCCCGGGAGGGAGCUACAGAAUCCCAGAGACCGGGCAGAUUCAAAUCGUCAUCAAGAACCCGAACAAGACAGCAGUCAAACUCUUCCUAGUGCCCUAUGACCUGACCGGCAUGAUGCCGGGAACCAAGACUUUUAUCCGCCAGCGCAGUUACUCUGCCGGCCCUAUCAUCGACAACGUGCCAAAUAUGUCUCAAGCGGCGGCCGAUCGUCCUAUUCUCCGGUAUCUCGUCCAUUUGCACAUCUGCUGUCCUGCCAAGGGGCGCUUUUACCUGUACAAGAGCAUCCGCGUCGUGUUUGCAAACAGGGUGCCAGACGGGAAGGAGAAGCUGCGCAACGAGACAACUUGGCCGGAGCCACGCUUUUCCCCCUAUAAGCCGAUCCGGGUGAUGAACCCUCCGCUUUCGACGUCUGGCGGUGCGGGGGCCAUGUUAGCCAACGACAAGGCUCUGCGACGACGCAGCCUGGGCCUGUUUAUGAGCGGCACCAUGCCAGCCUUUGAUGGGAUGGACGGCAUUCCAUCUCCAGACCAGAUGCCCAUGGAGACUCCGUCGCCCAGCUCUUGUCGCGGUGGCGUUGCUCCUGUUGAACCCAUCCCACUGCGUCUCCCGCGGUCGAUCACCGCUGCUAACAACAAUGACGGCGGUUCGUCUUCUCAGGCUAACACUGGCCCGUCUGCAAUUAACUCGAGAUCUCCCGGCACUUGGGGCCCAUCAGAGUACGAAAAGCUCAACAGGGGCGAUGCCGGCUAUGGGUGUAAUGCCUUCAACCGCUCAGGAGCCGGCAGCCCGCCCGGAAAUGCCCCAGAGAGCCUGCUCUCUCAACGUCUGCGCGGCCUGGGCGUGAAGCCUCAGCAGACGCCUGAGUGA